AUGGAGGAAAAUGGCAAGAACAACCACUGGACAUUGCUCAACAAAGGAGAAGGUGAUGAGUUGGAGGUAUUUGGUUAUCGAACACAAUUCUUCCGGAAAGCCCUAUGCACCGCUGGAUCCAUCUUGUCCUGUGGGAUUCUUCUCCUAGUUUUGUACUGGAGACCGGAAUGGAACGUGUGGGCAAAUUGCAUUCCAUGUCCAUUGCAAGAAGCAGACACUGUAUUGCUUAGGACAACGGAUGAAUUUCAAAAGUACACAAGGAAGAAAAUGAUCUACCUUGACACAUCUACGCUGAAGGCUCUUAGGAACAAAAAUCAAAAUGAGACUCGGGUUGCUGACCAGCACUCUAUCAUAAACAAAGUCAUGUCAAAUCCAGAUUCAAAGGUGCGAUGCAUUCAAGUGCAGAAAAUCAGGUAUGCUUGGAACAUCUCCGAGGAACAGUUUCAGAAAGUUGGGUUGUUAAAUGACAGCUAUUCCUGUUGUGAUAUACAUUCUUUGUUUGGACCUGGUCUGACCAGUGAAGAGCAAGAAAUUAGGAGAUUUGUAUGUGGACCAAAUGCCAUUGAGGUUGAAAUUCAACCUAUUUGGAAGUUACUUUUUAAACAGGUUUUAAAUCCAUUUUAUGUGUUUCAAGCUUUCACCUUGACUAUGUGGUUGUCUCAAGGUUAUACUGAAUAUUCUGUGGCUAUCAUCAUCCUGUCCAUCAUCUCUAUUGUUUUAAGCGUAUAUGAUCUCCGCCAGCAAUCAGUAAAACUGCACAAUCUUGUUGAAGAUCACAACAAAGUGCAGGUUACAAUCUGCGUAAAGGAUCAAGGUCUGCAGGAUCUGGAGUCGCGGUAUUUGGUACCUGGUGAUAUCUUUAUUAUUCAAGGAAAAUUUUCAUUGCCGUGUGAUGCCAUCUUGAUUGAUGGGAGCUGCAUAAUAAAUGAAGGCAUGCUGACAGGAGAAAGUGUUCCCGUGACCAAGACCCCAUUGCCCCAUGCAGAGAAUACCAAGUCCUGGAAGACACACAGCCUUGAGGAUUAUCGGAGACAUGUCCUUUUCUGUGGGACAGAGGUCAUCCAGACCAGGCCAUCAGGACAGGGACCAGUGCGAGCUGUUGUGUUGCAAAUAGGUUUCAAUACGGCCAAAGGUGACUUGGUGAGAUCCAUCCUUUAUCCUCGACCCUUGAAUUUUAAAUUGUACAAUGAUGCCUUCAAAUUCAUCAUUUUCCUGGCCUUCCUUGGUGUUGUUGGGUUUUUCUAUGCCCUUGGAAUAUAUAUGUAUAAUAAAGUGUCACCAAAGGAGACGGUGAUCAUGUCCCUGCUUCUUCUCACUGUCUCACUUCCUCCGGUGUUACCAGCUGCUUUGACGACAGGGAUUUUUUAUGCGCAGAAGAGACUGAAGAAAAGGAAAAUUUUCUGCAUCUCCCCACAGAGGAUCAAUAUGUGUGGACAAAUAAACCUUAUUUGCUUUGACAAAACUGGAACCCUAACAGAAGAUGGACUGGAUCUAUGGGGAACUGUUCCUGCUGCGGACAACAGCUUCCAGGAAGUCCACCGCUUCACUUCGGGCAAGGUUCUCCCCUGGGGACCGCUGUGUGGUGCAAUGGCCAGCUGCCACUCUCUGAUCGUUCUGGAGGGGACAAUCCAGGGAGACCCUCUGGACCUCAAAAUGUUUGAGGGCACCAACUGGGAAAUGGAAGAUUCCAUCCUGGCUGACCAUGAGAUUGGAAUACCAGCUUCAAGUAUAAUUAUAAAACCGGGCUCAAGAGCCAGUCAUGCUCCGGUAGAAGCAAUCGCCAUCUUGUGUCAAUUUCCAUUCUCUUCAAGCUUGCAGAGGAUGUCAGUCAUUACUCAGGAGAUUGGGAAGCAUCAUUUUGAAGCAUAUAUGAAAGGAGCACCAGAAAUGGUGGCAAGAUUUUGUAGACCGGAGACAGUUCCCCAGAAUUUCACAAAGAUGUUGAAAUUUUAUACAUUGCAAGGUUUCCGUGUCAUUGCGCUGGCACAUAAACCUCUGAAGAUAAAGAACAGUUUGGAAGUGGAUGGUUUAACCAGGGAGCAAGUGGAAUCAGAUUUACUAUUCCUAGGCUUUCUGGUCAUGGAGAAUCGCUUGAAAAAAGAGACCAAGCCAGUCUUGCAAGAACUCAGUCGUGCUCGGAUACGGACAGUUAUGAUCACAGGUGACAACCUUCAGACAGCCAUUACUGUUGCAAAAAAUUCUGAAAUGAUUCCUAAGGGUAAUAAAAUUAUCCUGGUUGAAGCAAAGGAACCAGAAGAAUUCAUUCCUGCAUCCAUUACCUGGAAGCUCAUCGAAAACAACGAUAACAGCCCCGGAGACCACGAAAUGUACAUUAAUAUCACAGAAGAUUCUCAUUCUGGAGGUGGAAGUGACGAUUACCAUUUUGCAAUGAGUGGCAAAUCAUACCAGGUGAUUUCCCAGCAUUUCAGCAGCCUACUCCCACAGAUACUGGUGAAUGGGACCAUUUUUGCUAGAAUGUCUCCAGGGCAGAAAUCAAGCCUUGUGGAAGAAUUCCAAAAAUUAAACUAUUACGUGGGCAUGUGUGGCGAUGGAGCAAAUGACUGUGGGGCUUUGAAAAUGGCUCAUGCUGGAAUCUCACUGUCAGAACAGGAGGCAUCAGUGGCUUCCCCCUUCACCUCCAAAUUCUCAAAUAUAGAGUGUGUGCUCCACCUCAUCAAGGAAGGCCGAGCUGCCCUUGUUUCUUCCUUUGGGGUCUUUAAAUACCUGACAUUGUAUGGCAUAAUUCAGUUUAUUGGCACGUCACUGCUAUAUUGGCAAUUACAACUCUUUGGGAACUACCAGUAUAUUACGCAAGAUUUGUUUAUUACCCUUUUGGUCUGUUUGACAAUGAGUUCAACUCAUGCAUACCCAAAGCUGGCUCCAUACAGACCAGCAGGACAGCUCACUUCUCCGCCUUUGCUACUUUCUGUUUUGCUGAAUAUUUUAUUCACUGCUAUUGUGCAGAUCUGGGCCUUCCUCUUUGUGAAACAGCAGUCUUGGUACUGUGAAGUGUAUCACAACAGUGGGUGCUAUUUGACAAAUCAAAGUAUUUACUCUGCAAAUUCCAGCCUGGUCAGAAAUUGGACAGGAAAUGUGACUUGGGCUUCAGAUCGCGUUCUAAGUUUUGAAAGUUCCACAUUGUGGCCAAUCACUACUAUCAAUUGCAUUACUGUAGCAUUCAUUUUUUCUAAAGGAAGACCUUUCAGAAAACCCAUCUACACUAACUAUAUAUUUUCAUUUCUGUUGACAGCUGCAUUGGGUCUUACGAUUUUCAUUUAUUUUACUGACAAUCAAGUGGUAUUUGGUGCAAUGCAGUUAAUUCCAACUAGGGCUACAUGGCGAGUUUCUGUGUUGGGGUCUACCAUGGUCCAUUUCUGUGUGGCGUUCUUGGUAGAAGAUGCUAUCCUUCAAAACAGAUCAUUCUGGCUGAUGAUCAAGAAGCGGUUUAGAUUCUACUCUGAAAGCCGAUACAGAAAGUGGCAGAGGAAGUUGGCACAGGACCCAAACUGGCCUCCCACAAACAGAACAGAUUACUCGGGAGAUGACAAGAAUGGAUUCUACAGCAACCCAGCCUAUGAACACACCGAGCAGACUGACAUGCUGAAACCACCAUUCGUAGGCCCGGAAACAGAAGGUCAUUUUUGGACCAGGCUUUAAUCAA